AUGGUUCGUUUACAAAUUUUACUACUAAUUGUGUCAUCUGUGCUAGCCACAGUCUAUUCAAUAGACAACGAAGAUUUAAAUGGCAAGGAAAAUCUGAAGCCCGAUGAAAAGCUAAUCUCCAGUCUUCUACAAAGACGACGCCACCAAGCUCAUCGUGAAGAAAUCAAAGAACAAGAUGUUGGAAGGUACUUCCGGAGACCACCUCCAAGGCAAACCUUAUCAUCAAAAUUAUCAAUGAAAGUUGAAAAUAAAUAUCAACACGUGCACCCGAACGUGAGACCGUCAGACAAACAAAUCCACUCUAAACAAAACCAUACCAAUGCCGAUGACCUUAGCGUGUCUUCAAAGCCGUCCAUUAAAAAUAUAUCUACGGAACGUGUUACCUUAAAAACUAAAAAUUUAAGCAGAAGAAUACCAUUUGCAAGAAGAUAUCAUCCUGCUGUUACUCAACCAAUUACAACUUUUAACGAUCAUCACCAAGAAGAAGACAAGGUCGAAACUGAAUCUACUUCAACAACUACUCCCACAAAGACAACUACAACAACAACAUCAACUACACCGGAACCUGUGGUCCUUGAUACAACUGAAAAGGAACAAAUAAGAGAAGAAUUUGUUGCGGAUUCCCAAAAUGUUGAUACUUUACCCUUAAAAAAAUUAAAAAUUUCACAAGAGGCUGAUGUAAUGGCUGAAAUCCAAAAUUCUGAAAAAUUGACUGAACCCAAAGUUACUACAACCACAAGUGAACCCAUUUCUUCUACCAAUAAGAAAUUAGAAGAAACUGAAUUCGUCCCAACUUCUAUUGACCUUCCAAAUAUAAUAUCUCACAACCGAAGAAGACGACCACACUUUGCUAAAAAAGUACAUAUGCAACCUAUCACGGAAACAGUGACAGUUAAUGACAAUCUGUCCACUUCCGCACCUACAGUAUAUGCCACUACUGAAACGGAACAAGAAAAGAAAACAAUUCCUCCAUCUCAUGAGUCGGAUUUACCGUCAAUUGUAAUAAAACCAAAAUCACGUCGACGACUUUUGAACAGGGAUUCACUGAAUAGAGGGUCACAAAAAUUUAGUUCGGAAGAGUUAAGAAAACAACAAAUUGAUACAUCUCUAAAUGAACCACAUUCAACUUCAACACAAGGAAUUCCCUCAACUCUGAAAAUUGAAAAAUCAGCAUCACCUUUACCACUGACUUCACCAAAACCACCACCAGUACCCACAUUAUCACCUUGGUACGAUGGUUUUGGUAAAUAA